AUGAAUGCUGUAAAAAAAAGAAUUGCCUCAAAUCAAAAGGGUGAUGGAUCCCCUAGAAACACCGAAAGCAGCAGUAUCAGCGAUGGGAGAACAUUGACUUCAAAUGCACCACCUGGUGGUGCUCUGGAUGACUUUGAUUUAGAAGGGUUGUCUCCAGAAUUGGUGCCAAUAGUCACCUUAUUGUCAUCUCAAUCUCAUAGACGUUACAACGAAGGUAUAUUUAUGUUGUAUUACGAUCUCAAUGGUGAUGGAAAACCCGCUGAUAGAGAAUGGCGUGAAGUUUAUGGAAUUUUGACUGGAAAUCAGUUGGCCUAUUGGGAUGCCGCAAUUUUGGCUCAAUUUAAAAAUAAUGCCGAUGCUUUAUUAGAAGUGUCUGCUAAACCAAGUUAUAUCAAUUUUACUGAUGCAGUUUACAGUGCAAUGAAAACUUUGCCAGCAGCAAAACAAAAUUUGGAUAACGUUGUAGUUGUCUCAACAACAUUGAAAAAUAGAUAUAUAUUGCAGUUCAAGUCAGUCAAAGAUUUGGAAACUUGGUACUGUGCUCUUAGAUUAUCAAGCUAUGAAUACAACUCCCUCCAAGCAGCUUAUACCGGAGCCUUGUUAUCAGCAAGAGGUUCACGGUUGUCUGAUAUUCGAACAAUUUUGGCCGAAAAGCGAUUUGAUCACGAGGAUUGGAUAAGUAUAAGAUAUGGAAGUGGUAUGGCAUGGAAACGAUGUUAUGCAGUUGUUGAACCAUCUACCUUGAAAAGGAAGACAUUUGUUCCUGGAAGAAUUCUUCUUUUUGAAAAUGAACAGAAAAAGAAGAAACAAUUAAUGGCAGUCAUUACUGAUGCAUCUGCUGUAACAGCCAUAUAUCCACAAUCCCAUCUUUUGAUAGACCAUUCAACAAUGAUUAAAAUGGAAGGAUAUAUCAACUUUUCUUCACCAAGUUUGUCAACUAAAGUUUCGAAAAAGAAUUUAGAAGAUUUCAAGCAUACUUCAAUUUUCUUGAUGCCUGAGCAACAUUCUGCUGUUCCUGGGUUUGACACAUUGAUAAGAUUCUUGGUGCCAUUAUUUGAUACAUUUGGAUUGUAUGGAAGGCCAAAGAGGUUAAAGGCAAACAGAAAUGACGUAGAUUCAUUGUUGUUUGGUUUACCAACACUCCCAAGGGUACAUUACCUAGAACUUCUGGACAUUCAACAAUUAGUAUCAAGAGGUAGUUAUAUCAGUUGGGAUUUGAGGACAUGGAAUUUGGAGAUUCAAAAUUUAUUAAAGUCUAAAAUUGAAAGAGGUUACGAUGGUUGUGGAAGUCAACGAGGAUAUGCUGGUGCUGUAAGUUCUCUAAACAGUCCAGCCUUAUCAAGUUCACCUCGCCUUCCAAGCAGUGGGAGCGCACUGACAUUUAGAAGAAAGGAGCCAUCAAACUUGUCGCGAGAAACGACGUCACAACUGGGAAAUUUUGUGCAACCUUCAUCAACACAAGCUGCACAUCCACCACCGCCACCACCACAUUCAGAUAUAACUGCAGGUGGUAAACGUUUGGACAAGAAUAUUAAAAACCUCGAAGUGGAAGUUCCAGCAAUACCCAAAAAGACUGUUUCAACUUUUGACGAUCACAGCUCAAGGCAAGGCGGUCACCUAGUUCCUGAGGUUGCAACAAAUCCUCAUGCCUCUGUCCAGUUAGCGGAAAUUUAUCAGAAAUACUCGGAUUUGAAAACUCCAUCGGAUAAUUAUAUUGAUCGCAGAGAGGUACUUAAUGGAUCACAAGAACAAUUAAUCGAGGACGAUUUGCCAUUGGGAAUAAGACAGAUGAAUCUCGCAAGCAACACAUAUCCCAAAAAUGAUGAUGGUUUGUUUAGUGAUGAGGAUGAAGAAGAAAGUCUGCAAGAAACGGAUACUGGUAAACUGCCAAAUUUGUUGGAUGUGCGAACCAUUGGACAAAAUCCAAGUGACUCGAGUGUAUCUGUAGGAAGUUUAAGAGUACCCAGCCUUGAGCAAAAUGGCAGUUAUUCAUCUGUGGUGUCACCUAUGGCGCAAUUCAAUGACCUUCACGAUCAAUAUAAGAAAGUAGGAAAGAGCGUUCCUUUUUACGGUCUUCAAACAGAUUCUUCUCCCAAGAAUAACUCUAAUCGAGAAGUGGAUGCCAAAGAGCAAUUUGGUGCAAGUUUAGACAAUAUUGCGAGGGGAUUUGAUCAAGAACGUCCUGCUUUUCCCCAAGCAACUGAGAGCCCGCAAGCUGUCAGUGUUCCUUAUCCAACUAACAGGCCUAGACACAUUGUAUCACCCAAUUCUUCGCAAAACCAGCUUAGCAAACCGUUACAAUCUGGAGCAGUGCGAGAAGUGGCAUCUCCAGUUAAAAAGGAUUUGCAAUAUCCUGUCUCACCUCAGAGAAAAGUGCCCCCCAGUGACUCUUCAACAAGUAGUGGUGAUCAGCCGAGAACUAAAACAAACAUACCAAAGUCAAAUAAGCAAAUAUUUGUUCCUCUUGGUGGACAACCUGGCCAAGAGCGUCAUCAAAUGCAUGGAAACUACCCCCAUCAAAGCUCUCAUUCGCAAGCUUCUGAUUUUGACCGCUUGAGACUGGAGAAUGAUUCUCGUAGGGUAGGUGCUAAACCAUUGAAUCAACCCGGUCAGCAGCCUUUGCCUCAGUUCCAAGUCAGUAAGCCAAAUCAACAAGUGCAUCCUCAGCUGAUGGGAAGACAACAAACUCAGCCGAUGGGAAGGCAACAACCAUCGUCCAUGAACCCGCCGAUGCAGUACGAUAACCAUCAAACAAGGCAGCCUCCGGCAUACCAUGGGAAUCCGCAACAACAUAACACUAACAUGCCUGUACAACCAGGUCCGCAAAGGAGUCCAAAUAUGGGAGUUUCGAACCGUCAACAUAUACCCAACCGUCCCCCACAGCAACACAAUCACACAUAUCAACCUUCACCUUACGGACAACCCAACAAUUUCAGGAGCUACGACAAUCAACAAUACCAGUAUACCCCGAAUAUUCAGUCGCCUGGCGUUCAAGGGAAUGCAGCUCACAACAUGAAUGGCCCCUCAGGCUCUAAGCACCCAUAUGCACAGUAUUCGAGGUCAUACAACUACGAUCGAACUACAUAA